CCACUUCAAAAACUUGCUUGCUUUCUUUUGAACAAUAAAGACACCAUUGCAUCUCACCCCUAUUUUUGUAUCUUUCACCAAUCAACCAAAUCGAAAACAAGAUGAAGCUAUCCGUCAUUACACUUGCCAGCGUCGCCUCUGCAUCGCUCGUGGCCCGAGACGCCGCGCCGUACCAGGCCGUCAUCAACUCCAUCACCGCAAACAUCACCAACCUCGACAUUGCCAUCAACUCGUACACAAGCGACAAGACACCCGUCUUCAAAGCAUUCGACACACUCCUCGAUGCCAUCAAGCAGGGCAAGACGACGCUCCAGGGCCUACCUGCGCUCGAGGGCGGCGACACAUUUGGCUUGACGGGCCCGCUGCAGACGCUCAACUCCGAUGCGCAGAAGCUCAACUCGGACCUGAAGAGCAAGCGCAGCACAGUGGCCAAGGAGGGCGAGUGCGACAGCGUGCGCCAGAGCCUGACGGAUAUUAGCACAAAUGCGGGCGACCUGGUCAAGAUUGCGGUGUCUAAGAUCCCCAAGGGCCUGCAGUCGCUGGCUGACACGCUCUCGUCCAACUUUACCUCUACACUCAAGGACACGCAAGACUACUUUUCCAGCACAAACUGCGUCAAUGGCCAGACAAGUGUGCCGUCGGGAUCGACACCUUCAGCCACGGAUAAGACGAGCCCGUCAGCUACCGGAACCAAGGGCACAGCGUCACCAUCGUCGUCGGGCGGUGCGUCGACGCUGCAGAUUGCUGUGCUGUUGGCGGCUGCGGCGAUUGCCUUUGCUAUAUAGGGUGAAAGACACUGGGGGCCAUGUAUGUAAUUAUGACGAGUUUUAUACCACAUUUCUAUAAUGAACUUAUAUUUUGUAUACACAAUAUAUCUGGUUUUACUAUUU